CUAGUCUGUACACAUCUUAGUUUGUCUGAGGGAGGGAUUAAGAGAGAAGGACACCAGAUUAGAUGACUGGUCUGGAAAAACUCUUUUAGCAGUAGGACCCUGAGGAUCUGUGCAGAGAAAAAAGUGAAGCACCAAACUUGCAGCAGCUCCAAAGAUGUAAAAAAAAAAGUGGCUUUAUACUGUAGGAAAAAAAGUUGAUAUGUGAGCCAUGUCAUUGGCUGAGGAGUCUCUCGCAGGAAAAUACAAUGGCUCCUUAGUUCAGGGCAGAGUCUGCUAUAAAUGUAAUCCAUCUGAAAAUCACCUGAGUGAUUCAGCAGCAGGGAAGUAGCUCUGAAGGGGGACAGCAUGAGUGCUUCCGUGGCUGUGUACCGGGACAUUUACACAGAGGACCGAUUCAAGCAGGCUUACGGCUCCGAGGAGGACCCCAGUGGAGGAGCCAGGAUCCGGGACAAGCUGACCGGGAGGUGCAGGUUCUCCAGGCAGGCCUGCCUCCACCUGUUGAAGGAGAGAAUCCCCAUUUUCAAGUGGCUGCCGAGGUACAAGCUGAGGAAAUGGAUUUUAGGAGACACUAUAGCUGGACUGACUGUGGGGAUCCUUCAUAUUCCUCAAGGUAUGGCGUUUGCUCUGCUCACAUCUGUGGCUCCAAUAUUCGGUCUGUACACCUCCUUCUUCCCUGUGGUCCUAUACAUGAUCUUUGGCACAGGUCACCAUGUGUCCACAGGCACCUUUGCUGUGGUGAGUCUCAUGACCGGCUCCGUAGUGGAGCAGUUGGUUCCCACCCCUCUUGAGAUGAACUCAAGUUCACCUGAAGCAGCAAGCUUUGAGGCUGAGAGGAUCGGAGUGGCCUCAGCUGUAGCACUUCUCUCUGGGAUCUUUAUGAUCUGCAUGUUUGCCCUUCAUCUGGGCUUCCUCUCCACCUAUUUAUCAGAGCCCAUCGUGAAGGCUUUCAUCAGUGCUGCUGCCUUUCAUGUGACCAUCUCCCAGCUGCAAAGCAUGCUGGGGCUGCGGCUCCCUCGCCACACUGGAAACUUCUCCUUCUUUAAGACGUUGGUGUCGGUGAUGGAGAACCUGCCUCACACCAACACAGCUGAACUGAUCAUCUCCUUGGUCUCCCUGGCCGUUCUGGUUCCCGUGAAGGAAAUUAACGUGCGCUUUCGGCACCGCCUUCGUACACCCAUCCCCGUGGAGAUCCUCACCGUGAUUAUUGCUACAUGUGUGGUGUAUGCUUCCUCCCUGGAUUCCAUCUACAACAUUGAGAUUGUUGGGGAUAUUCCUGCUGGCUUUCCAAGGCCUCAGCUGCCUGCUAUCAAUACUUUCCCUGCCAUUGCUGGAGACACAUUAGCAAUCACCUUUGUUGGAUAUGCUUUGUCCGUCUCACUGGCUAUGAUUUAUGCUGACAAGCAUGGAUAUUCCAUUCAACCCAACCAGGAGCUGCUGGCCCAUGGGAUCUCCAACGCUGUGUCUGCCUUCUUCACCUGCUUCCCCAGUUCAGCCACUCUGGCCACCACCAACAUCCUAGAGAGUGCUGGGGGACACACACAGCUGUGUGGUUUGUUCACCAGUCUGGUUGUCCUCAUUGUCCUGCUGCUGAUUGGACCGCUCUUCUACUUCCUGCCCAAGGCAGUUCUGGCAUGCAUCAAUGUCACCAGCCUCAGGCAAAUGCUCCUGCAGUUCCAAGACCUACCAGAGCUGUGGAGAAUCAGCAGGAUUGAUUUUAUGGUCUGGAUUGUAACCUGGACGUCUGUAGUGGUUCUCAAUGUUGACCUUGGUCUGGCCAUCGGAGUGGUUUUCUCUAUGAUGACGAUCAUUUGUCGCACACAAAGGGUUGCUUGCUCAGUACUCGGACGCGCCAGCAACACAGAAAUAUACAGACCUUUGGAGAACCAUAAUAAGUGCUAUGAAGUGCCGGGAGUGAAGAUCCUGACUUACAAUGGCCCCAUUUACUAUGGCAACCGCAGCUUUUUCAGGGAGCAAAUGAGCAAGCUGUUGGGUCUGACACCAGAGAAGAUCCGCAGGAGGGAGAAGGCCAGGAAAGCCUUGGAGAAGCAAGAGAGUGAGACAGUCAUCAGCACUGUGGAGAGAGGUAUUGCAAAUACAUCAUUUUCCUCUGUCAGUGACUUCUUUAACUCAGAAGCGUCAGAAAGCGAUCUGAAGGCUGUCCUGAUAGACUGCAGCAGUGUCAUAUUCAUCGAUAUUGCUGGAGCCAGGCUCUUCACACAAAUGUGCACUGAAUGCCAGAAAAUGGGAGUUUCUGUAUAUUUGGCAAACUGCAAUGAGAAUGUCUUGAAAAUCAUGACAUCGAGCGGCCUAAUGAGCCACAUGAAUCCUCAACAUAUUUUUGUCACCGUGCAUGACGCGGUGGCGUACAUUCAACAACAGAAGGAGAAACCUUCAGAGAACACCUCAACAGUUUGGGUCUAAACAUGGAGGACUCAUUUACUCACGGUGGCUGAGCAGGAGCUGAAAAUCAACCAGGAUGUUCGUCAACUGUGCAGGAGCAUUCUAGCACUUGCUUAAACCUGUUCUGAUUCUAGAGAAGCAAUACAGUGUUACCACUUUAUUUACAGAUGCUGGACACACUCUUGAUAAGCAAGAUGAAUUAUUGCACAAGACACACAUUUUGUCAUGUUGCAGCCCAGGGAACAAUACAAUACUUUCCCUGUUGCUGUUUAUGCUUUCUUGCAUAAAAAAAUACUAUUGUCACUUGUGAAAUGUUUCCACUGUAAUAUUUAUUGCAUUUCUUUUUAUGUUACAAUAAAUAUGUAUGCUGGUGUU